AAGAAAGCACACCAUCGUCCAGUGAUAACCAUUACACAGUUGAUGUUGCAGCAUUGACACCUUCACAGAAUCUAUACGCUUUGAUGCAGUGCACGCCGGAUCUUUCUUCUGGUGAUUGUGAAAAAUGUCUCCAACACCAGUCAUGUUGUGGUCAGAGGCAAGGAGGCGUUAUUAUGAAGCCAAACUGCUAUUUCCGUUGGGAUGUGGUUGCAUUCUACAAGGUUUUUGAUAAUAUUUCUGUGGCUUAUCGUCCUCCUCCUCCUUCUGAUGGUAGUAGAAAAAUGUCAACAAGAGUUAUUGCGGCAAUUGUUGUUCCCAUUGUAGUCAUCAUUAUCAUCAUCAUCAUCGUGGUACUAAUUAUUCGGCGAUCUGCUCUACUUUGCUGGAAGAAAAAACCAUUUCAAGAAUUUGAUUUUUCUCAAUCUGGUAUCUCAGCUGUACGUUCCCUCCAAUUUGAUUUUAAGGCAAUUGAAUUUGCAACAGACAAGUUUAGUAACAAGCUUGGUCAAGGUGGAUUCGGCGAAGUUUUUAAGGGUACGUUGCUUAAUGGAACAGAAGUUGCUGUGAAGAGGCUAUCGAAAACAUCAUCACAAGGUGCACUAGAAUUCAAGAACGAGGUUGUUGUUGUUGCAAAACUUCAGCACAAGAAUCUUGUUAGGCUUCACGGCUUUUGUCUAGAAGGAGAAGAAAAGAUCCUUAUUUAUGAAUUUGUCCCUAACAAGAGCCUUGAUUACUUCCUCUUUGAUCCAACAAAGAAAGGGGAAUUAGACUGGACAAAACGAUACAACAUUAUCGGGGGAAUCACUAGAGGAAUUCUAUAUCUUCAUCAUGAUUCGCGGCUCACAAUCAUACACCGUGAUCUCAAAGCAAGUAACAUUCUCUUAGAUGCCGAUAUGAACCCUAAAAUUGCUGAUUUUGGAAUGGCCAGAAUUUUUGAGAUGCACCAAAACGGAGCAAAUACAAACAGGAUAGUUGGGACAAGAGGAUACAUGCCCCCAGAAUAUGUAAUGCAUGGACAGUUCUCAACGAAAUCAGAUGUCUAUAGUUUCGGAGUCUUAGUUCUUGAGAUUAUAUGUGGUCGACAGAACAUGUUUGUCCACCAAGCAGACACUACUACAGUUGAGAAUUUGGUCACAUACGCUUGGAGAUUGUGGAGAGACGGGAGACCAUUAGAACUUGUGGAUUCAACCAUUUCAGAGAAUUGUCAGACCGAAGAAGUGACAAGAUGCAUCCACGUUGCGUUGCUAUGUGUUCAACACGAUCCCACAGAUCGUCCUGACCUGUCCACAAUCGACAUGAUGCUCACUAGGAACUCCCUAAACUUACCUCUUCCUCAAACACCUGGAUUCUUCUUUCCAAAUAGACGCAGUUACCGAGAACAAGAUGGCAUCGUGUCUAUCCAAUCUACGAUCACGUCCAAUUCAUACACUAACAAUGAUCUAACCAUUACAGAUCUGGAACCUCGUUGA